GCGGAACAUGGCGGCGCUGACCGUGCUGAGCGCGCCCGGCGGCGGCUUCAGCUUCGACAACUGCGCGCGGAACUCGCUCCUGGAGGCCGAGCUCGCCCAGAAGGGGCUGCGGGUGCCCGCGCCGCGCAAGACGGGCACCACCAUCGCCGGCAUCGUGUUCAAGGAUGGCGUCGUUCUCGGAGCGGAUACGAGAGCAACCGAGGGGAUGGUUGUUGCUGACAAGAACUGUUCAAAAAUACACUUCAUUUCCCCCAAUAUCUAUUGCUGUGGUGCUGGAACAGCUGCAGACACUGAGAUGACAACUCAGCUCAUCUCCUCCAACCUGGAGCUCCACUCCCUGUCCACGGGACGACUUCCAAGGGUUGUCACGGCCAACCGGAUGCUCAAGCAGAUGCUGUUCAGGUACCAAGGCUACAUCGGUGCUGCCCUGGUUUUGGGGGGAGUGGACGUCACGGGCCCUCACCUGUACAGCAUCCACCCGCAUGGAUCGACUGACAAGCUGCCCUACGUCACCAUGGGUUCCGGAUCUCUGGCAGCCAUGGCAGUGUUCGAGGACAAGUACAAACCCGACAUGGAGGAGGGGGAGGCCAAGCAGCUGGUGAGAGACGCCAUCGCAGCCGGCAUCUACAACGACCUGGGCUCCGGCAGCAACAUCGACAUCUGCGUCAUCAGCAAGAACAAGCUGGACUUCAUCCGCCCCUACGACGUGGCCAACAAGAAGGGGGACAGGUUUGGCAGGUACAAGUGUGCAAAAGGAACGACUGCUGUUCUCACAGAGAACGUGGCUCACCUGGAAAUCGAGGUGUUGGACGAGAAUGUGCAGACCAUGGACACGUCCUGAGCCCCACGGGCUGCCCCGUGGCUCAGUCUCACCCAAUAAAGAAGGCUCUGCCUCCUCCUGUGUCUGUG